AGUUCUAGAAACUCAUAGAAGAAGAUGAAAAGAGAGGAAAGUUCUCGAUUCGGAGGUCAAUUGUAUGGUAUAAAUUCCUUCCCCUGCCUUUCCUUGUAUGCAUCGUCGAGGCCAGGCAGAGAGGCUUUUCCUUAAAGUCGUACCUUUCAUAAGAUUAUCAUUCAUUGGUUGACAGAACUUUUUGCUACUUAUAGUCGGUGAAAUAUUGUGAGAGAUGGCUGAGGAGGGUUACAAAGUUACUUUGAAUGUGUAUGAUCUCAGCCAAGGAUUGGCACGGCAACUCUCGACAGCGUUUUUGGGGAAGGCUAUUGAUGGAAUCUGGCACACAGGAGUUGUGGUGUACGGUAAUGAAUACUUCUUUGGGGGAGGUAUACAACAUUUGCCUUCUGGAACAACUCCAUAUGGAACGCCAAUUAAAGUGGUUGAUUUGGGUAUCACACAUGUACCCCAGGAUGUAUUUGAAGAGUAUUUGCAGGAAAUUAGUUCCCGUUACUCUGCUGAGACUUAUAGUUUACUUACUCACAACUGCAACAACUUCAGCAAUGAGGUUGCCCAGUUUUUGGUGGGUGUGACCAUUCCAGAAUAUAUUAUUCAGCUACCCAAUGAAGUCAUGAACAGUCCAAUGGGUGCUCUUAUAAUGCCCAUGAUACAAAAUCUGGAGUCAACACUGAGAGCAGGGGCUGUCCCGCAAGUUCCACAAUUCAGGCCUCCUUCUAUGGCGCAGUCUUCACAGACUGCAACAGUUACUGUUGAUAAAUCCACGGCCAGUGGUCCUAGCCCUUCCACAAAAGUAAUCGUUAAAGAGGCUGAUGUCAAAGUCAAAUCUGUUGAUACCAAACCAAACGAGACAUCGGACACUGUCAAAUCUGCAGAAGCCAAGGGGAAGACUACAGUCAAUGGAGGAGAUCCUCUUGGGGAUGCACGAAACAAAGUACAGGAGGAGAUUGGCCGUGAAUUUGCUGUGAUCAUGGCUACCGGCACAUUUCGUGCAAGCGAGGCAGCAGCUUUAGCUACGAAGAGAGUAAUGCAAAGAUAUGGUCAUCUAAAUGCUGCAAUGCCACAAAGCUAGAAAUUGUGAAAGGGGAUAAUUUUAGGUGGCGUGGUGGCUGUCAUAUGUUAUAAGUCGCCACCACAAUGAUAACCUGAUGAUGAGAUCUCAUCUCUUGUGUAAGCAGAUACUGUUAGGCCUGCACCUGAUUGGAGGCCCGGGAUCUGUUUUCCUAGUCAAUAUUUGUGGCUAAAACAACACGGCACAUUGCCUGAACUUAACCAUUGGAUAAUCUUUCUGCUGGUCAAUAUUUGUUACUUAUUUCAA